AUGAAGCCAAGUGGUUGCUGGACAUGCAAACUCAGACAUCGGAAAUGCGACCUUCACGUCCCUGCAUGUAGAGAAUGCAAAGACCGAUGCAUUCCGUGUCACGGUUAUGGCCCCAAGCCUGUUUGGAUGGAUGGGUCAGCCGCCGAAAAACAGGAGCUUGCGCGCAUCAAGAAAGCUAUCAAGCGGAAUGCUCAGCAUGUCCGCCGAGCCCGGAAGAGUGAUCGGCAAAGGGAGAAGGAGACAACGCCUACUGCUAGACAAUCUCUGCCACAGACAUCUCCAGUCCAAGACGCUAGUCAUUCGUCUCCUUCACAGCCAGGGCAUGUUGUAGACCAUUCCAGUAGCCCAGCGCACCUUCAACUGGGCCUUGGAUAUACUCAACGCUCGGCACAAGGUGGAACAAGCCCACAGACUAGCCUACCCCCAGAACCUUUGACUUCCCCAUAUGUCUUACAACCUAAAUCGGCGUCUCUAAUCAUGUACUAUCUGGAUCAUGUAUUUUGCUGGCAAUUCCCCUACUUCCGCAUCCGUUCCCGUCUAGGAAAUAGGGGAUGGCUCCUCUUAUUUCUCAGCAACGGCGGUUCCCUCUCUUGCGCUGCCCUAGCGCUCGCCGCCAGGCACCGAAACGCAAUCCAAGUCCCCCAACAGCAUGGUUACCAUUAUAACCAAGAAGCUUUCGAAUAUUACUCAAGGGCUCUAAGAGAGCUAUGCGAGUUUUCGCGCCGCACCGAGAUCGAGACGUUACUCAGCGAUAAGCCUAAACUUGCGGAAUUUCUCGCUGCAAGCAUGACGCUGAUAAGUUUUCAGGUUUUCAACGGCGCAGAAUAUGACUGGCUUCCUCACCUCGAUGCUGUUAUGACUGUUCUCGGCAUGAUUUCACCAAAAGCUCUCAGAAAGUCCUCAUCUUCUAAUAACCCCUUGACUUCUCCAGCGAGUAUAAACAGUGGUGAAGAUUCCCAUCCGGAUUUCAGUUUUCUUGUGACUCAAGCAUUAUGGUUUGACAUCCUGGCAUGUGUCUCGACAGGUCGAGUGCCGCGAAUUGCGUAUCAACAAUGGCUCGAAGAAUCAGAUCUUGACAUGGCCGACUUGAUGGGUUGUUAUAACUGGGUUAUGAUUUCAAUCGGCGACCUCGCACAUCUCCAAGCCUGGAAAAAGGACAUGCAGAACAAAAGGACGUUGAGUGUACCAGAAUUAGUGAUCAAAUGUCGAAAUAUUGAGACAAGACUACAUAAUGGUAUUGUAGAACUAGAGGUGGCAAAAAAAACCGAUACCGAAACUCUUCAGGCGACAUGGGUCUCGCACAUCUUCGCCCUGGCAGCGUUGGUCCUAUCAAGCACUAUAGUCUCAGGUCCUUGGGCAUCUAUUCCCGAAAUCAAGGAGACGGUUGCAAAGGCCGUUGAUUUACUUCGAGACUGGCCCCGGGCCAUUCCACUCCAAGGUCUCGUUUGGCCUCUCUACAUCAUCGGGUGCAUGGCCGGAGUUGAGCAGCAAGGCUUCUUUGAGUUACUCUUGACUAAUCUUAUUAGAGAAUGUGGAGGUAUUGGAAAUAGUGGCACUGUGCUUAAGAUUAUGAAGAAUUGUUGGGCGUUGCAACAUCGUGAUCGAGAUGGGGCGGAGUUGUCGUUUCAGAUGGGAAGUCGUGUAUUGCUGAUAUGA